CUCAUCGUCGUCCUGUUUCAAUCAACGCAGUACGGACUAACAAACUCUCGCGGGGGAGGGGUGGGGGGGUUGACAACAACACAGGUUUAUCUCCUCCAACGUGCACUUUGACUCCCGGAGCGACAAAUCAACACAUCGUCGCCGCUAUAUAAACGGACGAGGCCGGCCGAGGAACCAACCUGAUUUUCCUCAUCACACUUCCGGAGGGGAAUACACUCCAUCAUCAUGAACAAGCUGUUGGUUGUCACUGUGCUGUUUGCGCUCCUUGCUGUCAGCGCCGAAGGCUUCCGAAUGCCGAGGCAGGCCAAGGAUGAGGAGUGGGGCCCGCUCACCACGUUCUGCAACACAAUCAAGUCUUACUACAACGGGGCGGUCGACACCGUGACCGACUACGUGGAGACCGUCAAGGGCCUGAAGCUGGAGGAGAAAGUCAAGAAUUUUUACACGGAAACCACCACCAUUUUGAGCACCUACAACAGCAUCGCACAGGACCAGCUCUAUCAUCUGUUUACGGGUCAGCAGUAGGACGCCAAGAAAUGGCCCGACCCAAAACCACAACAGCAACUGCUGGAAUGGAAACGGACUAAAAUGGCU